AUGAACUUUGAGUUCUUGUUGAGAAAUGGAGCUGCGGCUGGAACUGUUCCGCCACAGGUCAUGUCGACACCACCACCCCCACACUUGUUGGCAACAUCUUACCCAAUCUCAAAUCUGGUCAGGUCACCUUCAUCCAGAGGUUCAGAAGACAAUGGCAACGCAACAGACAAUACACAGACACAUAACAACAACAACAACAACAACAACAACAACAACAACAACAUUAGUAGUAGCAAUAGUAAUAGAAGCAGCACCGAUAAUGACAACCACAGCCACAGCAACAUCAACAUAAUGAACAACAACAACAAUAAUAACAACGGAAACAACUUUGAAAUACAAUGGACACAAAGACCAAGGAAGCCACUCCAGCCUAGCAACAAUCAACAUCAACAUCAACAACUUCUUCAUCCACACCAACAUCAACAAGAGACUGAUAUAAAGCCAUCAUCAACUAGUACUACACUCACACCUACACUGCAAUCACUGACCACAUCGACGUUGGCCACACCAACAUCACCAAUCGUGAUCGGAUCAUCAUCAAUGAUAGACCCAACAAGGACACAAUCACCAAUGAGUCUGACGGGUGUGUCCGUCAAGGAGCAACACAAUCACAAUCCCCUGGGAGUGCUCCAAUCACUUCAAUCGACACCACCAAUACCACCUCCAACACUCCAUCAAUCACCUGUACAUACUUCAAUCAACAGCAAUAGCAACAGCAGUAGUAGCAGCAGCAAACAGAGCAGUAGCAGCAAGAGUAGCAAGUCAAGCAAGACAUCUGGAAACAAUGAGGACAAGGACAAGGACAAGGACAAAGACAAGGUCAAGGACAGGGAUAAGGACAAGGAAAAGGACAAGCUUAAAUCAACGCCAACAUCAUCGUCAAAGAAGAAGAAACAAAAGAAGACCUAUAUCCAACCUCCAAACUAUUCAAAGUCCACUGGUCCAGUGAUCGUCACGGCCACAUCAUCAACAGGAACACCCACUCCCCACGUGCAGUAUCCUGACGCGGCCGCCAACGCCACCGCCAUUGCCAUUGCCACUGCCACUGCCUCCACUCCCCUGAAGGAGCUGACGCAAGAGGACACAGAAUCAUUUGUAAAUAUACUCUUGGGCCUGAAGGACAUCCAGCAACAACAACAUCAACAACGCCAACAACAGCUGGAUCUGCAUCAACAGCUCCAACUGCAGCAGAUGCAGCAACAACAGAUGCAACAGCAGCAGAUCCAACUGCAACAACAGCAACAGUCGCUCAAGAAGCGCGCCGUAUCUGAUUCCAUUCAAACAGUGGUCAACGCAACACAUGGACACUACUCGCAUCUACAAUCAUUGGACACCAUGGCCACCAAGUAUCAUCAUCACGCCUCCAAAAAGACCAAGACUCCAUCCUCUGCCGCCGCCACCGCCAUUACAUCAUCUCUAGUGGACAACUCUAGACCAGGCGAAAGGGCGCAACCCAACGUGCAUCCAAUACAUUGA